GUUUCGUGUGCGUGUGAGCACUCGCCUACAUGUGGUUUCAGCGGUUGAGUCACAGCUCCUGGCUCUGCCAACAUCACCUGUACCACCAGCACAUCAACACUGUACCACCAGUACCUCACCACCACUGUACCACCGGUGUUGCAGAGUCUCGGCUCUCACCAAGCUUAACCCAGCACACGAUGAUGCUAGCAGCGGUACAAGAUGCGCCAGAUGUACAACCCGAGGUAGUGGCGCUGGAGGCUGCGCCAGCCUGGUGGUGCGCUCGCUGGUCUUCACCAAGGCUGCGCUGCGCCAGUUGUAAGCAAGGGAACAUAUACAACUACGUGAGCACAUGUCAGAUAGUGUUGAUAGUGUGUCUGGGUCUAGCAGGCUGCCUGGUGCUCGGUGUCUGCGCCUACAUGGCCCUCGCCAAGAAUCGAUGCUCUGUCUGCUCCUACACCCGCAGGAAGACAAUUAUAAACUCAUGGUUGUUCAAGAAACAAAACUUAGAAGCUGUGCCAGUGCCUGUGGUGGUUUAUUAGCCUAAGGUGGGGACUAAUGUGGAGCUAGCAUCGCUCUGGGACAGUCUUCGUUGUGGUGCUAGUAUCGCCCUGGAAGAGUCUUCGUUGUGGUGCUAGCAUCGCUUUGGGACAGUCUUCGUUGUGGUGCUAGCAUCGCUCUGGAACAGUCUUCGUUGUGGUGCUAGUAUCGCCCUGGAAGAGUCUUCGUUGUGGUGCUAGCAUCGCUUUGGGACAGUCUUCGUUGUGGUGCUAGCAUCGCUCUAGAACAGUCUUCGUUGUGGGAUUAACAUCACUCUCAGGCAGUCUUGGUUGUGACGCUGACAUCGCUCUGGACGCCGCUCACAAGAAACUCAUAGUAUAUGCAGCACAAUAAGAUUGUAUCUUCUUACCCACAAAUAUGUGGGUUAAAUAUGAUAAAGGAAUUUGAAACCAUUUUCAAAAGUGAAUCUUGAAUUCGAGAUCAAAAUCCAUUUCGUGCUUAGUACUACUACCUAUUAUUAGCGUUCAGCACUAGUUCUUAAUUACUAACAGUAAUUAUUGGUACUAUGCGUUGAGGAGAAAAUAAAUAUGUUUAAAAGUUAAUGAUAUUGGCGCUACCCUGGUAAUAUUGUUGUUUAAUUCCACCAUCCUUUCCCCCUGGCCAAAGCGCUAAAUUCGGAUUUAUCCUAAAACGCUGUGAGGGAUUGUGUUGUAUAAUUUUUUAGCGUUCUUUUAAUAAUGAUGAUGAUAAUCAUACUGAGUUUCAUAAAGCGCUAAUCCCGCAGUGUCAUCAGACAGUCCUAGCGUCAACGUUGGGUUUUCACUAUGCACUUCUCAAUAUAUACACUUGUAAUCUCAUCCUUUGCCUCACCGAACGUCUCCCUCGACC